AUGACAUGGAUUUUAGCAUCGGUUGAUCCUCUGAUUGUUCUUAAUUUGAGGCCUUAUAAAACUGCUAAAUCUAUGUGGGACUAUUUGAAAAAGGUGUAUAAUCAGGACCAUACGGCUCGACGGUCUCAGUUAGAGUAUGAAAUUGCCAGUUACACUCAGGGCAAUCUCUCCAUUCAAGAUUAUUUUUCUGGAUUUAAUAAUCUUUGGGGAGAAUUUACUGACAUAAUUUAUGCCAAGGUACCAGAAGAGUAUCUCUCUGUUGUGCAGGAAGUUCAUGCGCAAAGCAAGCGCGAUCAAUUUUUAAUGAAGUUACGUCCUGAAUUCGAGGUCACUCACUCUAAUUUGAUGAAUCGUGCUCCUUUGCCGUCUUUGGAUAUUUGUUUUGGGGAAUUACUUCGUGAGGAGCAGCGUCUUGCCACCUAG